GAGAUCACAAUCACUGACCUUUCGAUGGCAUUCACUCUUUUUUUUUUUUUUUCUUUUUUCCUUCUUGUUUUCUGUUCAAUCAUGUUUGAAGCAGACGACGAUGACGCCUUCAUGCCCAACGCCACCAGCUCGAACAAGCUGGCUGGCCUCUUCGCCGGUCAGUCGGGCGGCCCCGCGGCCAACCCCGCAAUGACCUACCAACGCCCGGUCGCUCCAAAGACCGCUGCUGCACCGGCGGGCGCCCCCGCGGCUGCUGCUCCAGCGCUGGCCCUGAUCCAUCACGCACCGGUCCACGUCUACAAGUUCGUGAAUGGACAGUACGCCACCCAAGGCAAGUUUGGUGCCGCCAUUGUCGGCAACUUUGCCAGCCAGCAGUACAAGCUCCUGCUGUACGUCAACAACAGCCAGCGUCUGUGCGAGACGGCCAUCUCGCCCGACUUUGUCCUCACUGUCUCGCCAAACAACUAUGCUUCCUUCUACGACGAAGCCCGCCAAAACUGGUCGCUUCACUUUGAGACCGAGGCGCAGGCUCUCGACUUUGCUCGACAGAUUGCUCUUGCUCGUUUCAACACCGCACCUCGAGGCCUCGUGCGCCAAGAUCUCAACUUGGGCGAGGGCAAUGCUCUGUCCGCUGGCGACUCGGUCGAGGUUCGCUACACUGGCUGGCUGCUGACCAACGGCGUGCUGGGAGCCGUCUUUGACAGCAACGCUGGCAAGGAUGCCAAGGCAUUCCGCUUCAAGAUCGGCGCCGGAAAGGUUGUGCGCGGCUGGGACGAGGGUGUCGUUGGCAUGAAGAAGAACCAGUCGCGUCUUCUUGUCGUUCCCCCGGCACUCGGCUAUGGCAACCAGACGAUUGCCUCCAUUCCGCCAAACUCGACGCUGGUGUUUGACGUCACCAUUCUUAAGAUCAAGUGGGGCAAGGAAGAGGGUGCAGCCACCCCCGCAGCCGUCACAGCGUCGCCCGCCGCGGCCGUCCCUGCUCCGAUUGUUGCAGCCCCCGUUGCCGCGCCUGUUGCCGCCGCCGCCCCGCCUUCACCGACGCUCUCGAUCGCCGACAGGUCCCGCACAGAGUCCUUGAGCCAACCCGCGGGCGAGAAGUCCCAGCUGCUCAACCGCAUGGCCAAGCUUGGCAAGCCCAUGCUGCCAUUCGCUGGUGCCGUCGCCGCCGCACCCGAGUCCGACGACGAGGGAGAGACUGGAAUCACUCCCCAGCAACCCGACCCAGUCGUGCAGACGCUUUUGCAACAGCAGCAACAGCAGCAGCAGCAGCUUUUGCUCCAGCAGCAGCAAGAGCAAGAAAAGCUGCUCAAGCAACAGCAACAGCAGGCCCAACUGCAGCAGCAGCAACUUCAGCAGCAGCAGCAGCAGCAGCUUCAGGCGGCGAAUGCUGCGUUGCUUCAGCAGCAGCAGCUUCAAGCGGCCCAAGCCCAAGCCCAAGCCCAAGCUGCAGCCAUUCAGGUCCAACCUCAGUGGAAUGCCCCUGCCAGCCAAGCACUGUCGCUGUACCAGCCUGCGCGCGCCGUGCCCCAGCAACCCUUGCUGGGUGCCGAUCCCUUCUUGCAGACCAACGCCGCCGCCAUUGCUGCGCUCCAGCAACAGCAGCAACAACAGCAGCAGCAGCAACUCUUGGCUGCCGCUGGCCUCGACACAACUGGCCUCAACCUGACUCCCACCACCCUGCUCAUCGAGACCCGCAAGCAGUACACUGACGUCAAGACCACCUUGGGCGACGUGUCGACGCGCGUGGAGGCCAUCGCCACCCGCCUCGAGCGUGGCAUGUUUAUCGGCCAGAACGGCGCGGAGUCGACCGGCCUUGAGGCGGCCGCUUUGCUGCAAAGCGUGCAGCGCUUGGUGAUUGAUAACGAGCGCCUGCGCAAGGAGACGUUCGAGAAGAGCGCUCGCAUUGAAAAGCAAAACGACAAGAUUGCGCAGCUGCUCGAGUCCAACCAGCGCUACAUUGAGAAGAGCAACUCGAUGCUCGAGCAACGCAACGACACAUUCAAGGAGACCACCUCGCAGGCCCAGAGCCGCAUGCUCUCCCUGGAGCAAGAAAAGGUCCGUCUCACCUCCGAGGCUGCCGAGGCCACUGGCCGUGCUGGCCAGCUCCAAGUUCAGCUCAACGCUGCCCAGCAGAUUGAGUCGGAGCUCCGCACCGAACUGGCCCUCGUGAAGAGCAACUAUGCUCGCGACACUGCCGAGAUCGAGACCCACCGCGUGACUGCCCGCGCCGCUGAGAGCAAGCAGCUUGAGCACGAGCGCAUCCUUCGCGAUGAGCGUCAGGUUCGCAAGGAUCUCGAGGCCAAGAUUGAGCUGCUGACCGAGGAGCUGACCGAGCUUCGCGCCUUCCGCGACUCCAACGAGAAGGCGCUUGCCGAGCGCAAGCGCAAGGCGCAGGUUGAGCAGAAGCGUCUCGAGCAGGAGAUUGCCGACCUCAAGGCACGCCAUGAAAUCGAGCUGGACGAGGUGCGCGAGUCUCUGCGCAAGGAGCGUGCUCAGUUUGACGCCACCAUUGGCGAGCAGACCAAGAAGAUUGCCUCCGAGCUUGAUGCCGAGUGGAAGCUCAAGACUGCGCGGGCCGAGGCCGCGCUUGACGAGAAGUGGAAGAAGGCUCUCGCUGAAGCCGAGGACGAAACAACCCGUGUGCGCAUGCGCCUGACCUCUUCCGAGGAGACCAUCCAGUCGCUGCGCAGCUCGCACGGCAACUUUGCCGAGGCGGAAACCGCCAUGCGUCAGCAGGUGCUUGCCCUGCAGGAGCGCGAAAUGUCGCUCAACCGCGACUUGGCCGAAGCUCGCCAGGAACUCCAGCACAAGCAGAAUGUCGUUUCCAAGCUCGAGCAGCAGGCUCAAGCCGACAAGGACCGCUUCCGCUCCUUGGCCGACCAGGCAUUCACCAAGGGCAAAGAGGAAGGCCGUGUCGAAGGCGAGGCUGCCGCCGCUGCUCGCCCGAACGCGUCCGGCGCUUCCGCCGGCGAGGUCGAAACGCUGCGCCGUGAGAUUCGCGAAAUCAAUGCCAACCUGGCCACCGAGAAGGUGACCGAGGUCAAGAAGGUCAUGAACGCCGUCUUUUACCAGGUCAAGGGCGAGUUUGAGCCCAAGCAAACCUACCGCGGUACCGACGUGGUUUCCUCCAUCAUGGAAGUCAUCAAGUCUACCACUCUUAAGCUCGUGAGCGCCGCCCAAAAGGCCGCUGCUGGUGAAGACGAAGAGGAAGACGACGAAGACGACGAGGAGGAGGAUGACGAAGAGGAAGAAGACGAGGACGAGGAGGACGAAGAGGCUGACGAGCCGCCCAAGUCGGUGGCCGCCGUCGCCUCCCCCGUUGCCGCUGCCCCCGUCGCUGCUGCAUCUGCCCCCGUUGUAGAAGCUGUCGCGAAGGUCGAGGAGGAAGAACAGAAGGAACAGGAGGUCGUCCCCGCCAAGUCCGAGGCUUCCCCUGUUGCUGCUGCUGCUGCUCCCGAGUCGCACGCCGAUGUGGAGGCCGCUGUUUCUGCCGCUGCGGCUGCCCCCGAGCCAGAGGAAUCUGCCGUCGUUCCUGAGGCUGUUGCUGAACCCGAGGCUGAAGUGGUUGCCGAGCCUGUUUCUGAGCCUGAAGCUGCUGCUGAGGUUGCUGCUGAGCCUGAGGUUGCUGCUGAGUCUGAGGUUGCUGCUGAGCCUGAGGUUGCUGCUGAGCCUGAGGUUGCUGCUGAGCCUGAGGUUGCUGCUGAGCCUGAAGCCGCUGAACCUGAAGCUGCUGCUGAGCCUGAGGUUGCUGCUGAACCCGAAGUCGCCGCCGAACCCGAAGUCGCCGCCGAACCUGAAGCUGCUGCUGAGCCUGAGGUUGCUGCUGAGCCCGAAGUCGCCGCUGAACCCGAAGUCGCCGCUGAACCCGAAGUGGCUGCUGAGCCUGAAGUGGCUGCUGAACCCGAAGCCGACCCGUUCUCGGCCGACGAUGCCACUCCCGCCUCGAAGCGAAACGAGAGUGACGACGAACCCGAGGAGGAGGAACUGUUCAAGCCAAGCGCUGCCCCUGCCGCCCCUGCUGCUGCUGCUGCCGACGAGGACGACGAAGAGCUUUUCAAGGAACCUACCCCAGCGCCGGUCGUUGCUGAAUCCAAGCCUGCCCCCGCCGCUGCCUCCAGCUUCUUUGACCCGCUUGCUGGAGACGAUGACGAUCUCUUUGUGACCCCAAGCAAGAUCGUUUCUGCUCCCGCCGUGACGGAAGCACCUGUCGUUGCUGAUUCUGCCGUCAGCGCUGCUCCCGCAUCUGGCACGCCCUCCAAGUCUGCGGCUGCCAUUUUCGGCUUUGAUGACGACGAGGAUGACAGCUCUGAUUUGUUUGCCACUCCGGCCACUUCCAAGGCGGCUCCUCAACCAGCCGUUGAAGCAUCGCCUGCUGCCUCGACACCUUCAAAGAAACCGAGCGUGCCGCUGUUUGACGACGACGACGACGAUUUCUUUGGCAAAUAAUUGGAUAGCGUGCUAGCGUUGGUGUUGUUUCUCUUCUUGUCUUCUCAUUUUUUUUUCAUCCAAACGCAGCAGUUGUGUUUGACUGCAAAUAAACGAAAU